AUAUGGGCACCUAGCCCUAAAGUCGAGGUCUCAACAUAUUCGGAGGCUAGCGGUCUCGGUUGGGGAGGCUUUGCCAUUCACAUUAAUGGUGAACCAGCUGUGGGAAGCUGGUCAGAGAAAGAGAGUGGCAGGAGCUCUACAUUCCGCGAGUUAAGAGCCAUACGGUUUGUGUUGGAUUCGUACGACGAGGACCUUCGAGGGAAAGUGGUGUGUCACAGAACUGACAACAGGAAUGCAGAGAUCAUAAUGUCCGUUGGUAGUCGAGUACCAGACCUUCAUAGGGAGGCGGUGUCAGUUUACAAACUUUGUCGUGAAUUAAACAUUCGGCUAUCUGUGCAGUGGGUCAGUAGAAAUGAUAAUAGCACUGCUGAUGAGCUUUCAAGAGUGGAGGAUGCUACUGACUACAUGCUGGAUCCCAAGUGCUUUGGUUAUAUUGAUCAGUUAUGGGGACCUCAUACCGUCGACAGAUUUGCCAGCAUUAAAACCAAACAGCUGGACCGGUAUUGCAGUCGAUACCGCAACCCUGGUUGUGAGGCUAGUAAUGCGUUCACGGUUUCCUGGUCACGGGAUAACAAUUGGAUUUUUCCACCUCCCCUGCUUAUUCCGGAGCUCCUGAGUGGCCUUCUGCGGUGUGGUGGCGUCUCCUUGUUGACAGGUCUGGUACUUGGAAAAGCUUUAUAAAGGAGUGUUUGCGGAUUGAACCUUACCAGGGAAUCUUCCUCUCAGGGUCUGCGGCCAGCAGUAUCUUCCCUUCUGGAAUUCCAUCAUUUGCUGUUUUAGCCUUUAGGAUUUGUUUUAGUGAUCUGGUGGGAAGCACCUGAUAUGCUGUUAUGGCAUUGCUUUGGCAAAGGCUAAGAGCGUAACCCCUAUGUUGGUCAGGUAUGGGGAAUACAUUUGUAGCGACCUAGUGUGCCAUUUGGGCAUGUCACUGAUGCUGUUAUGGCAUUCACUGGUGUCAGAUGCUGUUAUGGCAUGUUAGGGCUUUUCUAGUGACAGAUGCUGUUAGGGCAUGUCUCUAAUGUCGUUAUGGCUAUCUUCUUUGUGGUUAGGGCUAGUCAAAUGCUGUGGUGGCAUUUUCCAUGCUGUCGUUAGGGCAUGGUACAUAUCAUUCUUAGUAUGCGACAUCUGUACAUGUUGGUAGCAGAUGUUUUUUGGGUCUAGCGUUUUGCUGUUUAACUGGGGAAUUGUAAUUGAUGAUGUUUGGGCAGCAUGCCUUGUAAGUUACUUAGCAUAUCCUUGAGUUGGGUCUUCGUGUAACAAUUUGCUGUCAGGGCUUAUAUGUUUUUUGGGUUCCUUACACUGUCGUGUUAUGUGACUUCAGUGCGAAGUGGUGACACUGGCAAGUUGGAACUGUCAUUUUUGGUACCUGUGGAUGGACUGCAGCAGCCAGUGCUGCAUCAGCUGGCCACGGUGCUGCCCUCAGUUCUGCUUCAAGAUAAAGCUCCAAAGACGGUCAACAGUUAUCUCCAUGCGUUUGGGGCACGGAAGUGUUGGGCGGAGCAGUGCCGUGUGUCAGUUCUAACAGUGGAGCCAGUGGUGUUCCCUGUAUUUAGUUAAGAUGAUCCAGGAGAACAAGUCAGUUCCUACCAUUAACUCUGCUUUGUAUGUAGUGAGCUGGGUACAGAAGAAGGUGGGCCACCCACAAGUCACUGAGCACCCUUUCAUGACCCAGGUGGCGGAUGCUGCUCGUAGAAUCCUGGCUAGGCUACCAGAACGCAAGAAACCCCUUACGGCAGAUCAAGUGAUGCGCAUUAUAUGUCGUUUGGAGAAGGGCAGUCUGGCAGACGUACAAGUUGCAGCGAUAUUUGCCACGGGGUUUUUCGGUUUCUUACGGUGGGAUGAUUUAAGCAAUCUGGUAGUGGAUGAUCUGUUAUUUGUUGAUUCGCAUGUUGCACUCUUUUUGCUGCAACGUAAGAAUGACCAAUUCCGGGAAGGGUGA